AUGGUCAACUUUAUCCAGCCAAAGGUCGACCCCUUGCCAACGGGCAUUGAUCUGACGGGCAAAAUUGUCGUCAUUACUGGCGCUAGCUCAGGCAUGGGCCUAGAAGUGACCCGACAGUUACUUCGACUUCGCGCCUCGACUGUGAUUCUCGCCGUCCGCAAUGUCGCCAAAGGCGAGUCUUGUGCCACUUCCCUCCGUCAUGACCCCCACAUCAAGGACCACAACCCUAAGGCUGUCAUCAAGGUCAUGGAAUUCGACAUGGACCGCUACGACAGCGUGCAGCAAUUCGCGAAAAGGCUGCGCGACGAGAUCCCCAUUGUCCACAUCCUCAUCCUCAAUGCAGGUAUUGGCCUGCUGAAGCUCGAGCGUACCCCAAACGGCCAUGACCGAACCACUCAAGUCAAUUACCAGUCUAAUGUUCUGCUGAUCACCGAGCUUCUGCCGUAUCUCGUGGCGGGUGCCGAGAAAACGGGCUCUCCUGCGCGCAUUAGCUGGGUUGGCAGCCGUGCGCAUGAAGUUACGAGCUUCGAGAAGAAAUCCCCCAUUGAAUCCGGCGAAGGUGUGAUAGAGCACAUGGACAAGGACGAAGCUUUUGUGCCGUUUCAGCGCUACGGGGACUCUAAGCUUCUCUGCGCUCUGUUCAUGUACAGUCUGGCGCCGCGGCUGGAUCCUAAGAAAGUCGUUUUCAACAUGAUGUGCCCGGGCAUGGUGAAUACAAACAUGAGCGAUGUUCUUCCGCUGCAUCUGCGCAUGAUUGUGAAUAUUGUCAAGGCGAUUCGCGCUAGGCCCGUUGAGGCCGGUGGCUGGAUCAUCUUGAACAGCGCACUGGUGGCAGGUCCGGAGUCUCAUGGGAAGUUCUUGAUGGACAAGACCAUCGCCGACAAAUCGGCAUUCAUCCAGUCGGCGAAGGGACAGGAGACCCAGAAGAAGCUUUGGGAGGAGACAGUUGCCGAGAUGAACCUGUUGACCACGCUCCCUGCGGAGUUUAAAUAG